CAAAGCACCAAAAUCUAAAAUUCUUUGCCUUCCCACAAGGAAUUAGCAUUUGCAAUUGCCUCCCCUUCCUCCCAGAAUCUUCAAAUACACUUUUUCUAUUAAGAAAAAGAAAAAAAUUUCCCUUAUUAUUAAUGUACAGGAAACAAAAUUCAUAAUCGUCCAAUAAAUAAUCGAUCUCAGCCUCCCCCUGAAGUGCAGUGUAAGCCAACAAAAGCAUCACCAAAUUCUCUCUCUAUCACUCUCUCUCUCUCUCUCUCUUCUCUGGAAGAAACUUCACCAUCAAUGGCGUAAAGCAUCACCAAUACCCUUGCGUGCCGGAAACCAUUGAUAGCAAAUAAACUAAUCCAUAUUGAUAUUCAUGAUAAACAACAUUAGUCUUUUCUGGGUUGCUGCUAAUAUUGCUGUUGUAGGUAGUGCAGUGGCCAGAAGUUGAGAAAACGAGGAGGUGGAGGAUUUUGAGGGUUGGGUUUUGGUUUUUUGUUUCUGGGUUUAUGUUUAUGAGGAGUGAAGAUAAGGAGACUUGUCAACCUGGGAAAGGCAGGUGCUUAUUUGCUGGACGGGAGGAUAUUCGAUUGCAUCCAUGAAAUCACUGCGGCUCUCGCUUUCGCUAGGAUGAGCGAUUCAGCUUAUAAAGUUGAAACCACUUCGCGUCUUGCUCAAUGGAGAAUAGAGAAUCUUGCUUCCUGUACCUACCGGAAAUCCGAUCCUUUCAAGAUGGGCAAGUGGAAUUGGCAUUUGUCAGUGGAGAAGAACAGGGUAUUACUUGUUAAGUUGUACCCAGAGAUAUCAAACCUUACUAGAGACAAUCCCCCAAUUGCAUCAUACAAUAUUCGAGUUGUUUGUUCUGCUGGAGAUCGCAAGGCCUUGACUCAUCCAGAGAUAACAGACAGGCAGCUCAAGAAUAGCGACGAUUUUGUUUGGCAAAUUGAAGUUCCAUUGACUGGGAAAUUCAUCAUUGACGUUGAGUUUCUUGAUUUAAAAACUACAUCUCCAGAGGGUGGAGAACCUUGUUCCAUAUGGGCUGAAGGAUCUGCGAAAAAGCAAUCAAAUGCAACUGCUCUUGUAUCCCUUGGUCGAAUGUUGACAGAAAGCAUCCAUACAGACAUUACAAUUAAUGCUUCAGAUGGAAGCAUUGGAGCCCAUCGUGCUGUCCUCGCUGCAAGAUCACCUGUUUUCCAAAGCAUGUUUGCUCAUGACUUGAAAGAGAAGGAACUGUCUACCAUAAAUAUAUGUGAUAUGUCAAUUGAAGCUUGCCAGGCUUUUCUCAAUUACAUUUAUGGAAACAUCCAACAUGAAGAAUUCCUGGUCCACCGUUUAGCACUUCUCCAAGCAGCAGAUAAAUACGAUAUCGUGGACUUGAAAGAGGCAUGCCAUGAGAGUCUACUGGAGGAUAUAGAUACGAAGAAUGUACUUGAGAGGCUGCAAAGUGCAUCCCUGUAUCAGUUACCGAAACUGAAGAUAAGCUGCAUGCAGUAUCUUGUCAAGUUUGGUAAGAUAUAUGAUAUUCGAGAUGAUUUCAAUGUCUUCAUGCAAUGUGCAGAUAGGGAUCUGAUAGCUGAAGUUUUCAAUGAAGUUUUAGGUGCCUGGAAAGGAUUUUAAGACUCUGGCCAUAUCUGAAAAAGAAAGCGUGUUAAGUUGUUGUUUAUUAACACUUCCACAAAGUGGGUGGUUUAGAAGGAAUUAGUAUGCAUCAAGUUAAUUCUUUGAUUUGAAGGAAUAUGCUUUCUUCAUGUAUAUACAUAUUGGAUUUCAGAACACAGACAUGCUAUCUUCGUUAAAUGAUGAUCCUGUAUUCAUGAAUGCUCGAUUGCAUGAAAUGUAAAUGGAUUUGUUAUUUGAAUUUUUCUUUUAAG